CUGCAUCCGAUACUCAAUAUUUUUGUUAGUACAAAAACAAUACAUACAUACUUAUUUACCUUAAAAAAAAAAAAAACAAUACAUACUUUAAAAUAUGUCUCCCCAUCAUCUGUUAGCGUUGCUUACUGCCAUCAUUUCUUUUCUCAUCACAGUUUUCAUUCUCACAAUCCUUGCAAUUGCAUAUUUUUGUUACUGUAAGGCCAGAGAAAUCGAACCCGAGGCAAGAGCAACGAGCAAUGGGGAUUUUUGUUCCAUAUUGACGUACAACGGGAGAAUUGCAUACGAAGACAUCAUCAAAGCAACAAAUGACUUCGACAUCAGAUUUUGCAUUGGAACAGGCGGAUAUGGCAGCGUCUACAGAGCUCAGUUGCCAAGCGGCAAAGUAGUUGCCUUGAAGAAACUUCACCGAUUUGAAGCAGAGGAGCCGGCUUUCGACAUGUGUUUUAGGAAUGAGAUCCAAAUGUUAACUAAUGUACGACACAGAAAUAUUGUGCAACUGUAUGGAUUUUGUUUGCACAACAGAUGCAUGUUCUUGUUGUAUGAGUACAUGGAAAAAGGAAGCUUAUUUUGUGCACUGAGAUUCGAUGUUGAAGCUUCUAAAAUUGGAUGGACUCAAAGGGUAAAAAUUGUUGAAGCAAUGGCACAUGCUUUAUCCUACUUACAUCACGAUUGCACCCCACCAAUUGUUCAUCGAGACAUAUCGAGCAACAACAUUUUGUUGAACUCUCAAUUGGAGGCUUUUGUUGCUGACUUUGGAACUGCAAGACUGUUGCAUCCCGAUUCAUCAAACCGAACCGUUAUUGCAGGCACUUACGGAUAUAUUGCACCAGAACUUGCCUAUACAAUGGUUGUGACUGAAAAGUGCGAUGUUUAUAGCUUUGGAGUUGUGGCACUAGAAACGAUAAUGGGAAGGCAUCCAGGAGACCUUUUAACAUCGUCCCUGAAAUCGCCUCUUGCCGAAAGCAUGAUGAUAAUUGAUGUCUUAGAUCCUCGCCUUCCGGUACCUACGAAUCCUAUGAUUGCCGGGGACAUUGUUCUAAUUGCUACAAUGGCAUUCGCAUGCUUACGACCUGAGCCCAGAUCUCGACCAACGAUGCUACGCUUGUCUCAAGAGUUUCUUUCUCACAGGAAGGCUCUAGCUUCUCCCAUUCGUACAAUUUCGCUACUGCAGCUUUGUAAUCGGAAUAUGGACUUUGUCCACCAAUCAAAUAAGCAAGUGAUCAGUGCCCAAAUUUGAAAAGAUUCAAAUCCCUUUCAGGC